GCACAACAGAUUAUACUGGCAUCAAGUCCUGCCUUAUCGAUACGAUAGCAGAUCAUAACGUCGUAAAAGCUUCUGUUGGUUUUUUUCGAAUCGCGGGCAGGCAAAUACAAAGGUCAAGCGCCAUUACCUUGCGUACGUGUCAACACUUCUUUUGCCACUUUCCCACGUGCGGUAAAUCCACAUAAUCAUCUGGUCCAUGUUACGCCUGCCAGGGGGGGCAUGGGCAUUGAUAUAAAAGCCGUAUAUUUUGUGUUCAGUCUCCCAACUUUCACAAGUAUUCUUCCCGCAUUCGCACUCGCCUACUGCAUCAUAGACAAGGACGUGAACGCACCAUGGAUUUAUACACAUCAACACUAAAAAACCCCUCGUCCUCACGGCCAGGGCAGGCCCCUGACCAACAUUCGACGAGACUAGUCCUGCAGUCAUGUCUCCGGUACCUCAACCGCCUUAACAGGUUAGAGCGUCGUGUGCACGAGGAAAUCCAAGAGAUUCGCAGCCUCUUUAUGGAUAUCCUGGACAACUACCAUGUCACAAUGGAGGAUUCGGCUAUCGACUCCCAAGCUGGACUUGAUAGCUUGAAUGCUAUUCCACCGUCUGUAUCUUUGCUUGACUGCUGCUUCAUGUCACAGCCUGCAUCCCAUGAAACAUCGUUUGGGGUCUUGGGAACGAUGGCAGAGGGCACAGGUUCUCCCGAAGGUCUAUUGCCCCACAACAACCGCAGUGUUUCUGGCUACGUGAGGCCUCAGCGCAGCAUGUACCCUGAAGGCUUUCCGACAUUCUGUGAUCCGCGUGUCAUGGAAUCGUCAUCAGAGAAUGUGGAUGCUCACCUUGAUUUAUCGCUCUGUAGCACCUCCAAUUACAUCUAUAAGCCCGCUGCGCAACUUUUUGUUCCUGUUGUGCAGGUUAGCCAAGUAAAAGAUAAAGUAAAAUGCACCAAGGACGGAUGUUCAACACUUGUCAACAAGGAUAACUUGUCUCGGCACAUUGACGAGGUGCACGAAGGGAAGAUUAAGGCUGUUUGUGCAGGCUGCGGACAGGGAUUCAAGCGCCCGAAUCUGAUGAAGGAACAUAUCCUUCGGACCGGAUGUGGGAUAUCCUAGAUUGUUUGUAACGUCAAGUGUUUUUAAGGGAGUUACAAUAGGAAAUAAAAAGACAGGUUCAGACUCGUCCGAACGAGUCCGACAUCCAUCCGAGACUAAAAGGCAUGCUCGAGUCUUGCCAUUCUUACUGGUAUGAAUCGAUGCGGAG